AUGGCACCACCUGGACGACGGAAGCUCUCGACUUCCAGCCUGCUCACACUCUCUCUCCUCCUGUUCUUCGCUACGGCAGCCCAUGCCGCUUCUGCAGUCCUGGGCAUCGAUCUGGGUACAGAGUACCUGAAGGGCGCUAUUGCUAAACCUGGAUCUCCCAUCGAAAUUGUCCUUUCUAAAGACUCUAAGAGAAGAGAAGCAGCAACGCUCGCAUUCAAACCAUCCAGGGCUCAGGCGAAGGAUGCUGACGCCUUUCCCGAACGCCUGUAUGGAGGAGAUGCCGUGGCGCUCUCCGCGAGAUUUCCGAGCGAUGUAUACCCCAACCUGAAAACUUUGCUGGGCCUCGAAUACUCCGCAGAGGCUGUGCAGAAGUAUGCCUCUCGUUACCCUGGGUUAAACCUCGAACUCAUCCCAAGAGGCAACGGGAAGGACAGGGAUGCAGGAACAGUGGGCUUCAAGAGUCAGAGCUUUGGAACCAAGAAAGACGAAAUAUUCAUGGUGGAAGAACUACUGGCAAUGCAGUUGAAGAACCUCAAGAGCAAUGCGGAAGCUAUGGUCGCAAAGGGCGUCUAUGUCACUGAUGUGGUCAUCACAUAUCCUGCUUUCUACACCGCCGAGGAAAAGCGAGCCAUUCAAUUGGCUGCGGACCUGGCGGGAUUGAGAGUUCUAGGCCUUGUCAGCGACGGACUUGCUGUCGGGCUCAACUAUGCAACACAUCGGACGUUCGAUAGCGUGACGGAUGGGGGUAAACCAGAGUAUCAUCUCGUCUAUGACAUGGGUGCGGGAUCGACAACGGCAACUGUGCUCAAGUUUCAAGGCAGGACAAUCAAAGGCACUGGCAAGCGGAAUUCCACUGUUCAAGAAGUCAUCGCCCUUGGUGUGGGAUUCGAUACGUCGCUGGGAGGGGAUUCGUUAAACGAUGUUAUUGUCGAGGACAUCAUCUCCCAGUUUCUCAAUUCGCCAAGCGCUAAGAAGUUCGGCUUGGAUCGUGAUCAGGUCCAGUCUCACGGAAAGUCAAAGGCAAGAAUCUGGAAAGAGGCCGAACGAAUUCGGCAACUUCUCAGUGCUAAUGCGGUUUCAACUGCGACCUUCGAAGGGCUCUAUGACGAUGAUAUUACCUUCAAGUACAGCCUAUCCCGUGAUAAAUUCGAAGAGCUCGCCGCAGAUCAUGCUUCACGCGUAGGCUCCCCCAUUGAUUCGGCUCUCCUGUCGGCCGGGCUGCAACUGGACGACCUCAACUCAAUAAUUCUGCACGGAGGCGCAGUGAGGACUCCAUUCGUGCAGAAGCAGCUCGAAAAGGUGGCCGGGGGCUCAUCCAAGCUCAAGACCAACGUCAACGCAGACGAAGCUGCCGUGAUGGGAGCAGCUUUCAAAGCUGCAUCGCUAAGCCCCAGCUUUCGGGUCAAAGACAUCCGCGACGCAGAUAUUUCAGGUUUCUCCUUUUUCUUGAGGUGGAGUGUGGAUGACAAAGAAAGGGCACAAAAAAUGUUCCAGCCGUCCUCUCAAGUUGGGGCUGAGAAGCAAGUGCCUAUCAAAACACUGGAAGAUGUCACUUUACGGUUCACCCAAUCAGCCAAGGAGGUAGAAAUUCCUGUGACAGAGAUCGAAGCUUUCAACUUGACGAAAUCAGCGGGCGAACUGAAAGAAAAGCACGGCUGUGCAGCGGCAAACAUCAGCACCGUUUUCACUAUGCGGUUAAGCCAUGUGGAUGGAUUACCUGAAGUCGUUUCGGGGUCUGUUAGCUGCGAAAGCGAGAGUAACAAAGGUGGCACCGUCAUGGACAACGUCAAAGGGCUAUUUGGCUUCGGCUCGAAGAAGGACGGCGAUCAAAAGGUCGUCGGAGGCGAAGAUGCGCCUAGUGAGGUCUCGGAAUCACAAACACCAUUACCUGCUUCUGAUCCAACAAGUUCUGGAUCGACCAUAUCGUCUGCUUCGUCGUCACCCCCGGAGCCGCCCGCUUCCUCCUCGACGACAAAAUCUGCCAAAACGAGCAAAGCCACGCCAACAAGCAUUUCAAUCCCGCUUGCCUUGAGAUCAAGUGUCGUUGGGCUCAAUUCUCCACCGCUACAGAUUUUGCCUCGACUCCGGCAGCGUCUAUCUCAGUUUGAUACAUCAGAUCGGAAUGCCGUUCUCCGAGCUGAGGCUCUGAACACUCUCGAAGCUUUCACAUACCGAGCAAGGGACUAUCUAGGAGACGACAAUUUCAUAGCUGCUUCGAGUGAGUCUGUUCGGACAGAACUGGAAGAGCAACUGUCGAGCAUCUCCGAGUGGCUAUAUAGUGACGGCCUUGACGCCAAACUACAAGACUUCAAGGACAAGCUGAAGCACCUCCAUGACCUGGUCGAUCCCGUAUUGAAGCGCCAGGAAGAAGCUGUAAAACGGCCUGAUGCGAUCAAGGCCUUGAAAGAGGGUCUAGAGAACCUCAAUGGUAUGAUCACAAUGGUGGAAGGAAGCGUCAAGAAGGCAGCAGAGUUUGCGGCUUCGAGUGCAAGCGAGGCUGCAGAGUCUGCCACCUCAAGCACCUCCACGAGCUCGUCUGCAGUGGAUGUGGAUGACCUCGACGAGGAUCCCUAUAGCAGCACGUCAGCAGGCGAAGCAACGCAGACCGACGAACCGCCCCCCAUCAAACCAUAUGAAUACACGAACGAAGAUCUCGCAGCAUUGACGACGAAAUAUGAGGAGGUGAAGAAAUGGCUCGACGAGAAACUUGCCCUUCAGGGCAAACUUGGGCCACAUGACGAUCCGGCCCUGCUGGUUACCGAAUUGCAGAGCAAGGGGCAAGAACUACAGAAACUGGUCUCGGAUACCAUUAUGAAAACAAUCAAAAUGCAAGAAAUCCCAAAAAGGGGGAAGACAGGAAAUGGAAAGAAAGGGACAGGGACAGGGACAGGGAAGGGAAAGGCCAAGAAGACCAAGUCCUCCAGCUCGAGUGGCAGCACGACCUCUAAAGCGAAUGAAUCCUCGAGCUCAUCCUCGACGCCGACGGCCACGUCGAAGAAGAACAACAAGGACGAGUUGUAG